GUGAGAUCCCAUUGUGUGCACUUCUCUCUAUAAAUCUGCAAGACAACACCCAACCACCGGUCUCUCCUCUCAUUCUGUCCACUUAGUAGACGCACCACCGGCGCAUCUCCAUGGCUCUCGAUAUUGUUCUCGUCGCCGGCAUCCUCUUGAGCGUCCUUGUCCACCUUCUCCUCCGCCGCAGACUCCAAUCCAUCCGCCGGCUCCCGCUCCCUCCUGGUCCAGCGGGCAUCCCAAUCCUCGGCUCGCUACCGCAGAUCGGCCCCAUGCCCCACGCCUCGCUCGCUAGCCUCGCCGUACGUUACGGCCCCAUUAUGUACCUCAAGAUGGGCACCGGAGGGGUCGUGGUCGCCUCCUCCGCCAGUUCUGCCAGCUCCUUUCUCAAGGGCCUCGACCUUCAGUUCGCCAACCGCCCCUUCGCCAUCAGCCGGAAGGACGUCACCUACGACUGCCAGAACUUCGUGUUCGCCAACUACGGGCCUCGCUGGAAGCUCUUCCGCAAGCUCUGUAACCUCCACUUCCUAGGCAGCAAGGCGCUGGCCGACUGGGCACCGAUUCGCCGCGACGAGAUCGGUCGCGUCCUCCGCUCCAUGCUCGAGUCGAGCCGGAACUCGCGGCCGGUGGCGGUGGCGGUGUCGGAGGCACUGGUGUGCGCCAACGCCAACAUCAUCGGGCAGGUGCUGCUUUCGCGGCGGGUGUUCGAAUCGCAGGGGGAGGAGUCGAACCAGUUCAAGGACGCGAUCACGGAGCUGCUGACGUGGUCGGGGAAGUUCAACAUCGGCGACUUCGUGCCGGCGAUCGCGUGGAUGGACGUGCAGGGGGUGCAGCGGCACAUGCGUCAGCUGCAUAUCAAGAUAGACGCUCUGAUCACGGCUCUCUUGGCGGAGCACGAGGCGACGGCGCACGAGCGCAAGGGGAGGCCGGACGUGGUGGAUCUUGUGAUGGCCAACAGAGUGGACGCCGAUGGCGUGUCGCUUUCUGACGUCAACAUCAAGGCCUUUAUCUCUGAUAUGUUUAUCGCCGGAACUGAUACAUCCUCCGUCAUAAUCGAGUGGGCGCUCGCAGAAAUGCUAAGGAAGCCAACCAUCCUGCAGCGAGCUCAAGAUGAGAUGGACAGAGUAAUCGGGAAGACCCGUAGGCUUGAAGAGUCUGACAUACCAAAUCUUCCCUUCCUACGGGCCAUAUCCAAAGAGGUGUUACGAUUGCACCCUUCGACGCCGCUGAGCCUUCCACACUACACGCCCGAAGCAUGUGAGGUGGACGGCUACUACAUCCCCAAAGGCACACGUCUUCUGGUCAACAUAUGGGCCAUCGGAAGAGAUCCCAAUGUGUGGGAAGAUCCACUGGAGUUUAAACCAGAGAGGUUCUUGAGCGGUAGGAACGCCAACAUCGAGCCACUGGGUCACGACUUCGAGUUGAUUCCAUUCGGUGCUGGGCGAAGGAUCUGCGUGGGGAUGCAUGCAGGACUGCUCAUGGUACAGUACGUGCUGGGGACUUUGGUGCACUCGUUCAACUGGAAGCUUGUCGAUGACAUCCAAGUGCUGGACAUGGAGGAGAAGUUUGGGUUGGUGCUCCCAAAGAAGGUGUCCCUUAAGGCGAUAGUUAGCCCACGCCUCGUGGGAAGUGCCUAUAUGUGAUGUGGGCAAAGAAGUAGAAGAGCCUAUCAUGGGAUAUAUGCAUGCAUGUAUGAGAACCUGGUUUAUUUCUUAGGAUGGAUAUCUAUAUUGUAAAUAAAUGGAUACAGUACUUUCUUUA